GGAGAAUGUGAACAUACUGAUGUUGGUGCUAUCUAUUACAAUCAACGUGCUUCAAAGGGUGGUUUAAUCAUUGCUGAAGCUUCACAAAUUACACCACAAGGACAAGGUUAUCCAUUCACACCAGGUUGUUAUUCCGAAGCUCAAGUUAAGGCCUGGAAGAAGAUUACUGAUGCUGUCCAUCAAAAGGGAGGUAUCAUCUUUUUGCAAUUAUGGCACGUAGGUAGAGUCAGAUAUGCUGAUUCUGUUUCAUCAUCUGAUAUUGCCAUGACUCAACUUUCAUGUUUCAACUUGAAGACCUUUGAACAAGUUACUGCUGAACCACCAAAGAGUUUAUCAGUUGAAGAAAUCAAGACCAUUGUUGAACAAUAUGGUGCUGCUGCUAAGAAUGCUAUUGAAGCUGGAUUUGAUGGUGUUGAAAUUCACGGAGCUAAUGGAUACUUGAUUGACCAAUUCAUUCAAGAUGGUGUCAAUAAGAGAACUGAUGAAUAUGGAGGUUCCAUUGAAAAUAGAUUGAGAUUUAUGCGUGAAGUUGUUGAAUCAGUUUUGAAGGCUGUCAAUGGUGAAUCUAAUCGUGUUG